GCUCAUUAAGUCGCCAUCCCGUUCUGUGUUUCGAAAUCACUUUCUGCCCCUUUGCUCUUAAUCUCUGUUUGCCCUUUCCCGAAAGCAGGCUUGUGGUCUUGACUGGAUAAGUGAAGAUGACUGCUAAUAAACACUCCGCUGAUAUCAAGUAUCAUGGAACAAUAAUUGACAAGAAAAAGAUGAGGGUUAGAUGCAGUUACUGUAGUAAGUCGGUAUCCGGGACCAGCCGCCUCAAGCAACACUUGGGAGGCGUGCGGGGAGAUGUAACGCCUUGCCCUGAUGUUCCUGCGAAUGUGAAGGUACUCUUUCAGGAUUUGAUUUUUCACAGAGUACGAAGAAGCAUCAACAAGGAAGUUCUUUCGCUAGAUCCCCAAGAAGAAGAACUUCCUCUUAAGAGAAGCUGUUCCCAAAGAUCAAACAACUUCAAGCACAGUAGGUGCGAAAAUAUAAGCCCAAAAUAUACCUUUUCUAUUAGGAGAGAGGAGUCAUUCUCUACUUCAGAUGACGGUGAAAUUGAAGAAGAUAUUCCAUCAGAACAGGCCCGGAAAAUCGGCAGGUUCUUCUAUCAAAACCUCAUAGACGUUGAUGCUGUGAAUUCAGCUAGCUUUCGAGAAAUGAUGUACUCGACUGUGGGAAAUAGCAGGCCUGACUACAAGAUCCCCAGCUCCCGAGAGCUGAAAGGAAGAAUCCUUCAGGCUGAACUGACUGAAAUGCAAGACUACGUGCAGAGAAUCAAGCAGUCCUGGUCUGGUACUGGGUGCAGUAUCUUACUGGAUACAUGGACGGAUGAACAAGGCUGGGACUUGGUUAAUAUUUUGGUAGAUUGUCCCCAAGGCCAGAUUUAUCUUAAAUCAUCCAAUGUUUCUUCUUUCAUUCUUGACCUUGACGCCUUACAGUCGAUGCUAAAUAAGGUUGUUGAGGAGGUUGGAGCUGAGAAUGUUGUUCAGAUCGUAGCUUGCACGACAAAGGGUUGGUUAGGGGAUGUGGGCAAGCAGUUUAUGAAUAAGGGCAGGACUCUGUUUUGGACCAUCAGUGCAUCUCACUGCAUUGAGCUCAUGCUUGAAGAGAUUGGGUUGAUGGGUUCAGUCAAGCCUGUCCUGGAUAAGGCCACCAGCCUCACAAAAUUCAUGUUGCAAUUAGUAAAGAGAGAGAAAUUUGCCUUAGAUUACUUCAGGGUGCCGCGUUCUGAUGGAAACUCUGUGACUACAGCCUUCAUGACUCUAGGGAACAUCGUGGCAGAAAAGGAGAAACUGGAGGCAAUGAUAACCUCACCUGAGUGGGAUGCCUCGGUCUGGGCUUCCAUGGAGGAGCGCAAGCGGGUGGCUGACCUGGUGAAAGACCCUUCUUUUUGGGACGGCUCAAUGAUGGUUGUAAAGGCAAGUGGGCCUCUGGUUCGUGUCUUAAGUCUGAUUCGCAGGGCUGAUACACCACUCACGGGUUACAUAUAUGAGACCAUGGACCAAGUGAAGGAAGCAAUCAAGAAGGAAUUCAAGAACAAGGAGUCUCAGUUCAUCCCCUUCUGGGAAGUAAUUGAUGAGAUAUGGGAUGGCCAUUUGCACAGCCCAUUACAUGCUGCAGGCUACUACUUGAACCCUAGUCUUUUUUAUUCGAGCAAUUUCAACAGCGACACAGAGGUGGCCUUUGGCCUGCUUUGCUGCAUAGUUUGCUUAAUUCAAGAUCACAAAACUCAAGACCUGCUUACCCUUCAGCUCGACAAGUACCGACAAGCUGAAGGUGCUUUCGGGGAGGGGAGCUCCAUUAAAUGCAGAAAGAGACCUCCAUUGGAAUGGUGGUCCACUUAUGGAAGAGAAUGCCCCGAGCUCCAAAGGCUUGCCAUCCGAGUCCUAAGCCAGACCUGCGAUGGGGCUUCUGGAUAUGGGCUGAGGAGGGAAAUGGCUCAGAGGCUGCUUGUGAAUGGAGUGAACUGCGUCGAUCAGCAAGAGCAAGAGCAUUUACAGGAUUUAGCAUUCGCUCACUAUAAUCUGCAGCUGCGGUACCUCAAGAAGCAGCCCCUGGAGGCCAAGCACAGAUCCGAAGAGCUUGGUGGACAUCUGGGUGGGGAGUAGAAUCUUACCCUCUCAUUAGGACAUCUAGAUCACUAAUUUUGUUCUCUUGUAUUUUGUGUCUAGAGACAGAAAGGAAAUGUACAGGAUGGAAGUAGGAAAUGAAUCUGAAAGGAAGGAAGAUGCGGAGAUAAGUUCAGGCCUCAGAUGUCUUUUUCCAAUACAUAGCUCGACCAGGGAUGCCCAGGCUUGGUAUAGUUCCGGGUAAAGAUGAACUUAUGCAUGCUUAGUCGACAUGAAUAACUUAGUUGUGAUAUACCUUGAAGCUCAGUUGUACGUCUCGGGUAUAUUUUUGUACAUGAGAAGAAUGGACAUCCCCAUGCCGUUUUGUUGCUCUGUC